GAAGGCAGCGCACGCGCACCUCAGCGUUUUGUUAUCGCUAUUGACCUGUUGCGUUUUAUUUACACGGUUAAUGCGGGUGAAUAAACAUUAUUAGACAAAAAUUGUAAAAUUAUUAUUUUUAAACGUUGUUUUAAUAUUUUUUUAUUAAAAUUAUAAGUGUAUUUGCCUAACAGUUGAUAGUUUACAAACUUUCACCGGAUUUGAGAGUACUUCUUUGAGACUCGAAUGGAACGUACAUAGACAUAAAAUACACUAGACACGUCAACUAGAUCGGGAAUGACAAUACAACGGAACAUUUUACAAGUGAUUUGUUGUAACAACUGACUGAAUAUGACGAAGAUCCAAGAUAACUUGUCUGGACAUGGCAACAACAACGUGGUUCCUCUCCUGCCGAGGUCUACGGUGGAAUUGGAGUUCAAGAAUAUCACUUGCUCUAUGAACAUAUUCACCGUAAACCGACUGAGAUAUGAACGCCGGGACAUCCUGAAGGGGGUGAAUGGCUGUUUCAAGCCUGGAGAGCUGACUGCCAUCAUGGGUCCCUCGGGAGCUGGCAAGACCACGCUCCUCAACAUCCUAGCCGGAUAUUUGACACGCGGCGCCAAAGGAGAGAUUUCAGUGAACGGCGUAUGCGCGUGCGCCUCCCAAUCCACAGGCCGCGGCGGCGCGCGCUACAUCCGCCAGCAAGAUGACCUGCGCGCGCACCUGACAGUCUACGAAGCCAUGUCUCUGGCAGCCGCGCUUAAACUGGCCGACUUCUCGCCUCAAGAGCGAAAGGAGAAAGUACACGAAAUCCUGGCCUUACUAGGGCUAAGCGGCACAUCACAGACUCUGAGCAGAGACCUGUCUGGUGGACAAAGAAGACGGCUGGCGGUAGCUCUUGAACUGCUGUCAGACCCCUCGCUGCUGUUCCUCGACGAACCAACCACGGGCUUGGACUCUUCCUCAUCAGCAUCCCUCAUCGCGCUCCUCAACGGCCUGGCCCGGGGGGGUCGGACCCUCAUUGCGACCAUACACCAGCCCUCAGCCCUUCUGUUCGAGAAGAUAGACUCUGUGUACUGUUUGUCAAAUGGAAGGACUUUGUACAAUGGACCCAGGGUUCAUCUCCUGCCGGCCCUGGCCAGUGCUGACUUACGGUGCCCGCCCUAUCAUAAUCCUGCAGAUUUUUUGAUGGAAGUGGCAUCAGGGGAGUAUGAAGUAGACCUAAUCAAGGUAGCGAAGACGAUGGAGCAGUUCAAACCUGAACAGCUGGCCAACGGGAGCUGGGAGCCGCACAUACCCACCAUACCAGCGUUACCUGGUCCCCUGGAAAUACCAUCAGAGCUGAAGGCGAAGACGAAGAAUCUUCUGUCAGAUUCGAAACACCAAAGACAGUUCUCCAAGACGAUGUACAGACAGUCCGGCCUGCUGCGGCAGACGUGGAUACUGCUGUAUAGAAAUUAUCUCAUGACCACUAGGAACUAUUCUCUAUUCAUGCUAAGGGUGGCGGCGCACGUGGUGAUAGCCCUGAUCUUCGGCUACCUGUACCUGGGUGUGGGCAGCGAAGCCAGCAGCGUGCUGGGCAACUACGUCUACCUAUACGGGUCUAUGCUGCUCGUGGUAUAUACAGGAAAGAUGUCAGUCACGUUGUCUUUUCCGCUAGAGAUGGACAUACUCAAGGGAGAAUAUUUCAACAAAUGGUAUUCUCUGGGCCCGUACAUAAUAUCGAUAUUGGCAGUGGAACUACCCUUCCAGAUGUUAUCGUGCGUUUCCUACGUGGUACUGUCAUAUUGGCUGACUGAUAACCCUUUGGAGCCCACCAGAGCCACCCUCUUCCUGGCCACGAUAGUAGCUACCUCGCUCUGCGCCCAGGCGUGGGGUUACUUCAUAGGAUCCACCACUCCUACUAAAAUCGCCGUGUUCGUGGGCCCCGUAGUGGCGUGCCUGUUCUCCGUGUUCGGCUUCUGCCUGGCGCUGUCUGACACGCCGUACGUGUUCCGGUGGCUCCACCACAUCUCCUACUUCAGGGCGGGCUUCCACGUCGCCGUACACUCCGUCUACGGCUUUAACAGGACCAAGAUUCACUGUAAUAAGAUCUACUGCCACUACAUAACGCCGAGCAAGUUCCUGAAAGAGAUGGACAUGGCGGAAGUGGAUGUCGGCGGCAACAUGGCGCUCGUGCUGGGCAGCGCUGUUCUCAUGCACGCGCUCACGGGCGCCGCGCUGUGGCUGCGGCUCAACAAGCGGUGACGCGGAAUAACGGAUAUGUGUGAAAACGGAUAUUUGUGAAAACGGAUAUGCGUGAAAACGGAUAUGUGUGAAAACGGAUAUGUGUGAAAACGGAUAUGUGUGAAUAACGGAUAUGUGUGAAAACGGAUAUGUGUGAAAACGGAUAUGUGUGAAAACGGAUAUGUGUGAAAAAGGAUUUGUGUGAAACGGACCAAUCACAGCGAUUUUGUUGAAUAUAGUUGGUUGAUUACAUCGUCUAUUGGUUUUUGUGUGUAUUUGUUGAAUUUGCUUUUUAAAUAUAUAAGGACAAUUGGAUCUACCUAAGCAGACCACGGUAUUGAGGCUUAAUAGCAGAGGGUGCAACUGGGGACGCGCCAGGAAGAGAGAAGUGCACUUACAUAAAACAUCAAUCUUUUUUCGUAAAAAUAAAUAUCUGAAAACUAAACUGUUACAUGUUCGACACAAGCUCUUCUGCUCCUUGUCUUUUUUGUCAAAACUCUUUACGACUAAUUUAUUUAUUUGUCUGUCUAGUUAGAUCUUUGAAACUGGAAAUAAAAUUGAUAUUGAAUAUCACGGCUAUGAUUCUGUACAGUCAGAGACGCGUUUUUAAGAGAAAAAUUCACUUUAAUUUCGUCCGUGCGUGUCUUGAUACAUAAUGAACUAAAAUUUUGAAUAUUUCUUAACACAGAUCCGAUAUCCGACAAAUGGGUGACACUUUAGUAUUAAGUAGCCUAUAUUUGCCAAUAAGCUCUCGAUCAUGGGAAUAGUUACGUACAUUCAGAAUAUCUUGCCUUUAACUUAGCAAUAAUUGGGACGGCUUUUUAAAUGACGUUUUUAAUGAUUCGAUAACUAAUUUAAACAUGUUAAACAAAAAGUACCUGGGUAACCGAGCGGUGCUCGGUGGACUUCAGAAAGCCCAUAUAAAGUAGUAAAAAAAAAACAAUAAGCAUCUAAGCUCAAUACUUUGUCAAUUGUCUUACUGAAGUAUUAAGACAUCUCGAGUCAGUUCUUGCCAAAGUAAUAUUUUUUAAUUUUAUAAGAUACCAAAAAAUAUCCAAGAAAUCAACAUGUGGGUAUCGAUAAUUUGGGAAAUCCUAUAAUAAAGUUAUUAAAUAAAAGUAAAUAGAGUUGUCCUUAAAAAAUAUAAUUAAUUUUUUUAACCCUUUUCAAUUUCACGAAUUCAGUUACAAUUUUGUUACUUGAGACUAAUUGGUAACAUUUUGUUUUAAAAAUUAAAUUAGGUGUAUGUAAUUAAAAAUAUCAGAAAUUAUGUUUAAAUGUUUCACCAUGAUCGAGAGUUUACGUAAAGCAUUUACACAUGCAAGAAAUUGUAUGCAAUUUAUAAUUUCCUCUUAUGAUUUAAUUCUUUAAUUCUAUAUGGUUCCUUGUUCUGUGUAAGCGCUAUUAAAUAUUAAAUUUACGACUAAGUAUUAGUUAAAUAUUUGUAGAUACUGUUCUCUUUGUGACGAAUAUUAUUUAGACACGAGUAAUGUAUAUGAAAAAUAUACCUUCGGUUUUAAUUUUUUUUUUAUAUAAUUAAAUAACAUCUAUGAAAAAAACAAUAUUUUUGUUGAAAUUUAAACAAAUGUGUUUAUUAUGAUUGUAUCAAAAUUUCAUUCAUGUUCCUUAAUAAUAUGGAAAUAAAUAAAUGAGAACUAUAAUUUAGUUAGCACAUUUUUAGGUAAAUACUUUUAAUAUUGAGAUAUUAUAUACAUAUAUAAUCCUUAUUUAUAAAAAUAAUUUAUAAUUUAGUUUUAGAAAGGGGUGGCUUAUAUUAAAACACCGUAAUCUAAUAAAUUUAAUAUAAUUUAAAUAGGAAAAUAAUUUAAUUUUGCAUUGAAAAUCAAUUUAUUACUUACAAGAUGAUAAGAAAGAAGGAAGAACUCUUAUUUUUCAUUGUUCUUUUAUUAACAAAAUUCCAAGAAAAAUAAUACGUAAAGCAUCAGUAAUAAGGUAAUUGAUUUUAAAAAUGGAAACAUUUUUUUUAUAAAGCAAUCAUAAAAUUCUACAAUUGUAAUUGACCGAUGAUAUUAAGAAAAUCUUUGUCAUUGAUGUUGCCAGUUUAGAAAUAACAUCUUAAAUUUAAUUAUUUUCCACUUUUUAGACACACUUCUAAUAAAAAGGACAAAAAACUAUAAAUACAUUUGUUUCGCAAUUUGACAUGAAAAUAAAAACGUUUUGCAUUAUUUUGACUUAAAUUUACUGGUAACAAAGUUAUUAUGUACUUAUGUGACGAUAGCUUAGUUAAGGCACAAUUAGGAACAAACGUAUAAAGACUUUGUACAUGUUACUUAGCUUUUAUGCUUUAGGAAGACUGACUUAUGACAUUGUAAUUAUCUUCCUAUAAUAGAUCUGAAUAGAUAAGUCUAAUUUUGUUAAAAUAGUUAACGUUAUUUUAAUAAAAGAUCUGAGUAACUUCAAUAUUGUUUGUGAAGAGUUACGUCUAUACAUAAUUCUGUGACUUACACAAUAUGAAUUCCGAAUACUCAAAGCAAUUUCGGAAAUAGAUUUCCUUUUAUAUAAUCUUUUGUUACCUUUUAAGGCUGGAACAACUCUUGGGAACAAUUAUGACAAUACACUAAAACUCGUUUAUAAAUCCGUCAAAAUCAAUAUUCGUAUAAUAAUAUAAUUAACAAGAAAUUAACUAUCGUACAGUCACGACUAUAACCAGUUUUAGCAUAAAGAUAAAAUGGCCCCCGCCAUUUUAACCUUUUUUUAAAAAAAGAACUCUCUAAAUAGUUUAAAUUUCUGUUUUUCUAUUAUUUAUUUAUCUAUAUACGCUAAACAACUCAAGCGCAUAAUAACCAUAUAAACCUAAAUCUGAAUCUCAUUUCUAGACAACCGAAUACAAUCUAUGAGUCUUGUUACUGUUGCUUUUGUCUACUCUAUGAUGGGUCAAGAUGUAAUAUAUGUGUGGAUUCAACUUAUUUAUUUAUUUAAAAAUAUAUACAGAUUUGCAGACACUAAUGGUACAUUUGUUCGUGACUGUACCUGUAAUAUAUUAUAUUAUAUUGUAAGUUUCUUGACAAUUCUGCGACCAGCGAAACUUGUGUAGUGUAAGGCGAUAGUUGAACUGACAAAA